CGUAACUUCCGGCGGUGCUGUUGGCGGGCAGAACGGGAUCGGUGCUGGUUGUUAGCGACGCUGAAAGCUAUUGUGUGUUUAUUCACUAGCAAAACACACAGAGAGCCAAAGCCCGCCACUCAGCCGUCGGGUAGUUGUGUGGUCGCCACUGGCGCGUCUUCGGCUUGCUACUCGUCUACAGCAGACGGGUCCAAUCACGGUGUUUCCUCCCGGGCCUACCGUCAGCCCAUACAACCGCUCCGACGCUUUCUCCGUGAAGAGGCACCCUCAGCAGACGUCAAGCUGGCGACCGUAGCAGGAAAGAAGGGUAAGAAGGCUGAGGAGGAGGAGCAGCCUGCAGCCCCCGCAGCAGCAGCAACAGCAGCAGCAGCAGCAGAAGCAGCAGCACCACCAGCACCUGCAGCAGGACCAGCAGCAGCAGCAGCAACAGCAGCACCAGGACCAGCAGGAGCAGCAGCAGCACCGGAGGAGGAGGAAGAGGAGGAGUAUGUGGUGGAGAAAGUUUUGGACCGCCGAGUGGUGAAAGGCAGAGCAGAGUUUCUGCUGAAAUGGAAGGGGUUCUCAGAUGAGGAUAACACAUGGGAGCCGGAAGACAACCUGGACUGCCCCGACCUCAUCGCCGAGUACAUGCAGAAACACAAAGAGAAGGAGGAGAAAAAGAAGGAGGGCAAGAGGAAAGUUGUCAGUGAGGCCUCGGGAGACUCGGAGGAGCGAAGUAGCAAGAGGAAGAAGGAGGAGGGAGAGAAGGCCAGAGGUUUUGGCAGAGGUCUGCAGCCGGAGAGGAUCAUUGGAGCGACAGACUCCAGUGGAGAGCUGAUGUUCCUCAUGAAGUGGAAGAACUCCGACGAGGCCGACCUGGUCCCAGCUAAGGAGGCCAACGUCAAAUGUCCCCAGGUGGUCAUCUCUUUCUACGAGGAGCGCCUCACCUGGCACUCUUACCCCACAGAGGAGGAGGAGAAGAAAGAGGAGGAGAAAAAAGACUAGAUGAGGUGGAGGAGAAGAAGGAGGAGGUGGAGGAGGGAGGUGCAAAGACGAAAAGAAAAGAAGUGUUGAGGUGCAGGGUGGGAAAUCAACUAUUUGCUGGUUAACUAUUAAUUGCUGGUAAUUGAUUGGAGCAGCUACUUUGGCAGACGGUUGAGAUUGAACUGCCACCGUAGCUGACCGAGGAAAGAGGUUUGUUUCCCUGCCGCGCUUUCCUCCCACCUGUAUCUCGACUGAAAGUGUAAAAUCUGUUCUCUUUGUGCCACCUGGGUUCUCAUUAUUUUCUACGUAAUUCUUCAAUCGAGACUCUCAAACGCCAAAUGACGACUGUGCAUUUCACUCGGACAUGGACAGUUUGACAUAGAAGGGUUAUAGUCAGCCAGUGUGGCAGCCAACCAGCCAGUGUUCAAAUGCCCAAGGCUUGUGCUUUGCUUCCUGUUUAAUUCUUUUAUUAAAAUUAAUAAACACAUCUGUAUUUUAUCCAAAUAUUAGUUGAGGUUUUGUGCUCAUUUGGUGGCAAACCUGUAGCUUUCCCGUGAAUGUAAAACUGUCGAUUCACAGUAUUUCGUGGAACCCAGUAUUUGUCAAGUAGGAAGCCGAACAGGGCUGGAAGCAAAAUGACAACUUUCAGAGGUAAAGAUGUAAGUGUACAGACUCAGUUCAUUCCCUGGCAGCUGUGGCUUGACUCCCAAACUUCUCUUGCCAUGUUAGCAAUUUUAUCAAGUUAUUUUUUUAAUAGAACUAUGGUUGGUUGGGUGCCUGCCAGCUUGGCUGGAAGAGAGUAUACACACAGUAGCAAAAUCAGCAUCUGGCCGGUUGUAAUUUUCCACACUGAUAGUGACGGGCACACUGGAUGACUUCAGGUGAGGAGUUGCAUGCUUGAAAAAAAAGCUCAGAUGUCCUUCAACCUGUAGAUUAGAGAGGCAAAG